AAGGGGAGGAGUUAGUGUUCUGGAAGUAUGGAAGUAGGAGCUACGUGUGCUUAACCAGAGUUUACGCUAACUCAUAGUGGAGCUUUGCUAACCAAACGUCGACUUGGUCCAAGCGAAAUAACAACAUGGUGUUGUUGGAAAACGACUCGUUUCUCACGGAGCUGACGCGACUGUUUCAGAAAUGCAGAACCAGCGGCAGUGUGGUCCUCACUUUAAAGAAAUAUGAUGGAAGAACAAAACCUGUCCCAAGGAAAGGUCACUCGGAGUUUGAGCCAAACGAUAACAAAUGCCUCCUCAGGGCGUCGGAUGGCAAGAAGAAGAUAAGCACAGUGGUCAGCUCCAAGGAGGUUAUCAAGUUUCAGAUGGCUUACUCCAAUUUGUUGCGAGCACACAUCGAUGGCCUGAAAAAGAAAGACAAGAAGAGCAAAAGCAAGAAGACCAAAGCCACGCAGUGAGGGAAGCUACAGACUGUUACAUCAAACGCGGGUGCACCCAUCAGCGCCAUUUUGUUUUUCUUCAAGGGGAUCCAACCUCCACCUGCCUGGUCCCUCCCUCUGGUUUCAGCAUGUACCAACCCCCUCUUCCUUCUCAUGUGUUUGCCGUAAGACCCUAUCACAGAUCCAUCCCGCCGUCGGCUAAAACGGUGUUAAGGAUUGAGCCUCCUUUUAGCCAAGGCUGGCCUUCGGAAGGCAACGGGUGUCUGACUUUACAAAUCCCUCUCCUCAUCAGUCUCCUCUGUAGGCUUCGGAUGCACAAUAGAUGGACAUCUUCCUCCAUUUUGUUUGGAGGCCUACUAGACCUUCAGAACUGUGGCACAUCUGAGCUUGCUCCUGGUAAAGCGGCUGUCUGUUGAUUUUUAGCAGUGGAGACAGUACCUGAUGUUUGGUGAGGGGAGAGGAGAUGAUGAGAAAUCUAUAGCUACUACACAUUAAUUGGAGGAGAGGUGCCAUAAUCAUCUGGGGAGGGUCGGGUCGGUGGAUUUUCUUUUAUUGCAACAUCAAGAGUAUUUUCAAAAAUGUUUUUAAUUUAAGAGGAUUGUAUUUGUUUUUUUUGUUUUUUUUUGUUUUUUUUGCAUACAUCUAUAUGCAAGCUAAUCCCACCCAGUGUCCAGCUUAGUUAAAUUCCAAAAUAGGACUAAGAAUUAAGUGGAAUAUGAAUGAGUUUCUUAUUUUUGUAAUUCUCCCAUCGUGUUUGUUUUGCUUAAGGCCCAGACCGUGGUGAUACAGUGGUACAGUUAUUCAGGAGAUUUUGAUCCUUUGGUAUAGACACAUGCCUUUCACUCAUUACUUAUCUACCCAGGCCACAUGCUUUCUGAAAAAAUAGAAUCAUUGGACUCUAGCCACUGAAUGGAGCAAAUGUAUGGAACAAACAAAGAGCUCUAGACAGAGGAUUCAGCAUUAUUCGUAUCUUAUAUCACAGCAAUAUGCAUUUGUCAGAUAUGGUUUUGUUUGAAUAAGCAAUGCAACUCAUCUGUAGUCCUAACAAUUCAAUUUGGACAAAACUGAAAAAUUUCAGUGGCCUAAACUUUUUUUUUUUUUUUUUUUUUUACAGUAAGGCUUAGGAAUAUGAAUUGCCCUUAAUGCAAGGUCUUAAUAUGAUGAAGCCACACAUGGUCAACUAACAAUUCAGGGUCCAAGAGGGACGGAUUUGUGUUUUGGUUCAUGUGAAAAAUGUAAAGUAAGAAAGAAAUAGCCAAAAAAGUCAAAUAAUAAAUACAGUAUAUACACAUCUA